CCAACACCGGGAUCCUUUGCAAUUGCACAGUAGAAAGGCAAAAUUCAGCGUGAAAACAACUCUGAUACUGUAUUUAUGAACGUUUUAUGCUAAUUUAAGAGGAGCAAAGGCACCAAUUCUGUAACGUGCUGCAAAGUCAGUGGUUCAAAUUCUAACGUAUAUUAAGGACGAAAAAAACAGUGGAAGAACAUGGGAAACAAAUAGUUUUAUGAAAACAAACAAGAUUAAGAAACGAAUUCAUAUAUUCUGCAAGAUUCUGAAGUCAAUUGCGCUUUUUCUCGAGAACGCGCUUUUCAGUCAGGUGGCAGCAGUCGCGUUACGAGUUCUGCCGGUGGUAUACGUUUCUUCCACAACCAGCAACGCUGAAACAAAUCGGUUUCCAACAAACCAACCACUUUGAUACCCUCCCAUCAAGAAGGUAAAUGCAUUUCUCAUCUUAUUCCCCGAUUUCUGUCUGAAACCAUCUUUUGUUUUUCGCACAACAGACUUCAGCACAUUCCUGGUCUACAAACACGUUUUUUGCUGCCAAAAUAGUCUGCAUAUUGCCUCUUUAAGUCAAGAGCGCAAUUAUUCCUACGAUGAGGCUUUUUGGUAGCGCGUUUCUGUCACAGCAUGGAGUGGAAUCUGAGAAUUGCAACACAGCACCUCAAUUGACGUCUUCCGAUAAGGCAGAGGAGGAGAGCCAUAUGUUUUCUGAGAGCUGUCUGUCCACUAAAGCCUUCUCUGAACAUUUACAAGACUUUGCCAAGUAUAGUGCUGUGUUGAAAGAACUUUUAACAAGAGUUCGUGAGAAAGCCCCUUCUUCUUUGGCACAUGCGAUUCAUUCUCCCUUAAAUCAUCCUCCAAAACCUUUCCCGCUUAAUCUAGAGGCACACGAAGUAUCUGAAUUCGAAAAUGACACUAAACUAGACGGAACUACAUCUUCAAGUGCUGCGAACAAGACCCUGCAUAUUCAAGAGGCUGCCCAUAGCAUUGCGCUGGAUAUCCCUGGCCAAAAACUUAGUGCCCCCAGCAACACCACUAGUGAUUGUGCUGGUGUCCAGUCGCCAUGGUCAACCGCUCCUCAGGUCGGCCAUCUACGUAAUCCUACAACAUCAAACUUUUUGCAACAAUCUUCACUGGGCAAAAACAGCAUCGGUUGUCCAGGAAGUAAAUCUAACGUUGGAGAAACUGGCAACUCUGAUACCCGUGACAAAAACGGCCUUACAAUGCCUAAUGGACCCUCAUUGUUACAGGCAUCCACCAAGGUUGGGAGUGAGGGUUGCGAUGACCCAAGUGUGGAUAACGCACUGGCUGCAUUAAUGUCAAAUGUAACUAUCCGACAAACGAAGUCGAUCUCACCAAAAAAGCCGAAGCGUUUAUUCCAUUUUCCUCGUGGCACUUCGAUGGACAGCAAGCAUGAAACGAGCGGAGCAUUGUCGCCCUUUGACACUUCUCCGAAUCGACGAAUUGUCUUGGAUAAACUAACUGAACCACAAAAAGCGUCUCCGCGAACAAGCUUGGACGACACGACUCGGCCUUUCUUUAUUCGACAAAGGACAUCACCGUCGCAAGUCGUGAAGACACCGUCUCCGUUCAGACGCCCAUCUCCGGGUCUUGUUAAUCCAUUGGGAACUUCUUGGUCUACAGCUUCGCCAAAAACGAGCGUCGCAAGCGACCUCGGCAAUGCUAGCGGAGAGAGGACGCCCGUCUACAAGGAAAAUGAAAUUCACUCCCCUUCACGCUCACAUUUGUCUCCGCUUCCUAUGGCUCACAAUCCGUCUUUUGUUGAACGUUCACCUUUUUACUCUCCUACUGGAGUUAGCGCACCGAAACCCUCAAUUCCUUCCUGGCAAACUUCACCUUUAGCUGGCAGGUCAUCUUUGCUUCCAUCACCAAAAACAUACCGGUCGAUGGAAACCAUUGCUGGCAAUCGACCGCUGCCAUAUACAAAAAACAAACCUCGCACUCCAUGUUCGACACUCGGCGGCGCGUCUCCUUCUCUCGAUGCACCUACCACCCCAAAACACAUCUCUUCAAAAAGUCCUCAGUCUUUUAAAACCCCUACUCAUCCGAAGUCACCUCUUCUGUUUCCAUCUACGAAACCCGCUUUUGCUUCACAAAAACAGAGCCCAAAACGGAACUUGCAUCACAGUCCUGCCCCUCCGGUUCUAGCACCACACACACCUUCAUAUUCCCUUCGUAAUAAGUCUCGGAUUGUUUCACCAAUUUCAGAUAUCGUCAGCUCCCGUAGUAUGGUAACUCCAAUGCGCGAUCCGUACGCUGACCGGAUUCCGGCUUCCCAUUAUGGUCCCCGAUCAACCAACGUACUGUCGAACUACAAGUCUUCUAUGUCAACUGUUUCAAGCUACUCAUCUGCUUCCGCCAUUCGGCGUAUACCUCGGGCUCCUGAAUCAAAGAUUCACAUGGAGAAUUCUUUAUUAUCUAAUACGAUGUCACCCUUACAGCUGCCUCAGUACCGGUUACGAUCAAAAAUGAAUGUUCCUAUUGAGCGAAUCAUUAAGGAUGCUGAUAUUGUAAUGGAAGGCUUAUGUCACAAAAAGAAAGGCUUUUCUUUGGCAUCAGAAACUGAACUAAUGGAGACACUGAAGCUCAGGUGCACGCGGAAAAGCCCCAUUCCUGUGGAUCGUUUCUUAGCUGAACAGAAUGACUUUUUAACUGAGCAUGAGCGCCAAGAAAUCAAGCACUAUGACUACAUAUACUAUUACUCGCCAGUAAAGUUCGCUGAAGACGACCCGGACCGGAUUGCAACCCAUAAAAGUGUUAACAUUACUGAGGACGGAAGCGUGUCAUUUGACGAUGAGAAUGGAGAUUAUGUUGUAACAGUGGGUGAACACCUAGACUACCGUUAUGAGGUUGUUGAUCAUAUCGGACAAGGAAGCUUUGGGCAGGUCGUAAGGUGUAUCGAUCAUAAAUCUGGUGAACUCGUUGCAGUUAAAAUUAUUCGUAACCGCAAAAAGUUUCACGGGCAAGCGCUCAUUGAAGUUGGAAUUUUGCGAAAGCUGUGUGACAAAGAUGAGGCUGAUCAGUAUAACAUUAUACGUUAUAUUUCAAACUUUAAUUUCCGAGGUCACUUGUGCAUCGUUACUGAGCUUCUGGACGAUAACUUGUAUGAGGUUUUACGUGCUCAAGACUUUGAAGGACUCCCUUUAAUUGUUGUGAAGAGCAUAGCUAUUCAGGUAUUGAGAGGCCUUCAGUUGCUCGAUCGAAAGCAGAUUAUUCACUGUGACCUUAAACCUGAAAACCUUUUACUGUGUCAGCCAACGCGGACUCGCUUAAAAAUUAUUGAUUUUGGAAGCAGCUGUUUUGUAAACGGCAAAGUUUACAAUUAUUUGCAAUCACGAUUUUACAGAGCUCCAGAAAUUAUUCUCGGUAUGCCCUACAAUAAAUCCAUUGAUAUGUGGAGUUUUGGAUGUAUUCUCGCGGAAAUGUAUACUGGUUAUCCUCUAUUCCCAGGCGCAAACGAAUCGGAGCAGCUUGGCUUAAUGAUGGAAUUGCUGGGUUUGCCAGACCGGAAAAUGCUUUCAGACUGCGGCAGGGCCAAUCUUUUCUUCGACAGGCAUGGAAUUCCGUACCCUAUAACUUCGGAAAACGGACGAAAGCUUAUACCCUCAACUCGAACUCUUAAUCAAGUUCUUCAUUGCAAGCAACCAGUGUUUGUUGACUUUAUAGCCCAAUGUUUGCGUUGGAAUCCGGAGCUGCGUUUAACACCAGAAGCUGCAAGUAGGCAUCCUUUCAUAACGGGCGGCUACAGUGUUCCUAACAGCGCUGGAAAUUCUGUCAUUGGCGUAACGAAAGCAACAAGGCCGCAAAUGUCACCCUUAAAGGCAUCCUAUGAGUCUGGUCGAAUGCUUCCGAAGCCCACUUUUUAGCAACAUGUAAUCCCGGUUUUCGAUGCUUUGGUUUUACUUUGUUUUAUGUUUUUGUCAUGACUCGUUUUGGUCCCUCUUUUAAAAAAUUUCUUUUCAAUGUUUAUGCGAAGUGUUGGCAAGCAUUCGAUAAAUUAUAACUCAUAUGCUAAUCGUAUACGUUACUUGUUAUUGUCCUGGGUCUUUGGGUCUGGUUUCAUUACCAUUAUACGUAUACUCAUUCUUCUUCAGGAUCUCCCAGAUUGAGAGAAGCACCGUUCCCUCUAUUUUGUAAUGUAUUAACAAUGAAUCUGCAAUCUAAUAGCUUUAUCCACUUUGAUGUAUGUCAACUUAUGCUUGGUGUUUUGCAUUUCAAGUAAUGUCUAUGUUAGAUUAGAUGCAUUUGUUUUCUUCAAAAGUUAGUUUUCGUAUACGUGCUGUGAUAACAACAAGUUAAGCAAUCC